GAGGUUGUGAAUCUUGGACAAGUCACGCCAGUGCAGCCCGUCGUAUUCGCGUCGGUGUACAAAAAAAAAGAAAGAAAAUCACUUCGCCGCUGCCUUCGCCCGACAAUUUCACACGUUUAUCUGGACACGUUCCAACAGCGCUUUGAGAGGAGAAACAUGAACGAGGGCGCGUCUUGUGCCGCUAAUUCCCAAACGUCUCACGAUGGCGUUAAGACAGAUGUCGCCCGAGCCAGGUGGAGCCUUCUCAGACAGGUUUUGCGCGGGAAGCGGGCGGACAACCCGGAGGUCAAACAGGCAUCCGUCCGCAGGUUCGCCACCUUUGAGCUCUUCGGCAGGACGAGGCCCGCGUCCCACGAUUCCUCGGAAGAGCAAUGGGUGGAAUACAGAAGUGUUUUCUCUCCCGAUUACAGCGCCUUUCUCAGGGACAACCCGGGUCCGCUCCGAGUUAGCGAAGUGCUCAACAGCUUCGACAACACCGGCAAUGUCUGUGUGUGGCCAUCCGAGGAGGUCAUGGCUCAUUACUGCCUGCGCAACCGCCACAUGUUCAAGGGCGCUGUCUGCGAGUUAGGAGGAGGCAUGACCUGUCUGGCUGGACUCAUGGUGGCCGUGUGUGCUGACGCCAAGGAAGUGCUGCUGUCGGACGGCAACGAGCAGUGCGUCGACAAUGUGCGAGAGAUCGUCGAGAGAAACGAGCGAGCGGGCAAGUUUGGCUCAACGCACGUCUCUACCAGGGUGCUGAGGUGGGACCGGGAGCCGCACGUGGCCGCAUUCCAAGCCCAUUUCGACGUCGUCAUCUGCGCAGACUGUUUGUUUCUGGACCAAUACCGAAGCAGCCUGGUCGGUGCCAUCAGGAGAUUACUGCGCCCCAACGGCGUGGCCUUGGCGCUGGCCCCGCAGCGAGGCGACACCAUGGCGAGCUUCUGUCGGCUGGCCGGGCAGGCGGGCCUCCUGGUGGAUCAGCGCCGGCAGUACGAUGCGCAGGUGUGGGACGUGCAUCUCAAGAUGCUGCAAGAGGGCAAAGAGGCCUACGACGAGAACCUCCACUACCCUCUGCUCGUCACCUUGAGCAAAGGAGCUCAAGCUUAGUGAAAGCGAGGCGCCCGCCACCGACCCAGCUCGGCCUCGCCCUUGAUUCAACUCUGUGACCCGAUCGCGAGGCAAGUGAAGAUCCGUCUCAUCGCGCGUCCUCCUUCCUUUCGGACGCGGAAAAGAUUCCACCCA